AUGAAUGGGACAUCGCCGAGCGCAGCGGCAACGGUAGGAAACCUCGCGUAUUGUUACGUCCUACCAUGUAUCUGCGCCAUUGGAAUCGUCGGAAACAUCACAAAUCUGAUGGUUCUGGCGUCGAGACGACUUCGAGCGGUGUCCUACAUGUACCUACGGGCUCUGGCAGUCGCCGAUCUCCUCUGUAUGCUUUUCGUCCUCGUCUUCGUCUCCACCGAGAUCCUUGCCAAGAACGGAUCUUCCAUCAAUCAGUACAAGCUUUACCAGUUCUACCAGUGUCACCUGAUGCUCACUCUCAUCAACUGGGCUCUCGGGGCUGGCGUCUACGUGGUAGUCGCCUUAUCUUUGGAACGCUAUAUUUCCAUUGUGUUCCCUAUGCACUUUCGAACUUGGAACUCUCCUCAAAGAGCAACUCGAGCUAUUGUGAUGGCUUUCCUUCUUCCUGCAAUUCUGUAUAUUCCUUACGCUCUGACCAGAUACAAAGGCAAAGAACGAUGGGAUCCGACCGUAAACGCGACCGUUUAUUCAAUGGAUGAUCAUCAAAUCUACACCACAUUGCCUUGGCAGGUAAGGAAAAAAAUAAUAAAUCUGAAAUAAAGCUUAAACACAAACUUCAGGCCUACAAAUGGACCCGAGAAGCUGUACUACGAUUUUUACCUAUUAUCAUUCUCACCGUACUGAAUAUUCAAAUUAUGAUUGCUUUUCGAAAACGGCAGAAAAUGUUUCAUCAGCUGACAAAGAGGAAGGAGCACGGCACACAAAAAGUAGGUUCAUAUUAAUUUUUCAAGAUUUGAUGUUUGAUCUGCAGGAUGACACACUGAUGUACAUGUUAGGAGGAACCGUGUUGAUGUCUUUGGUUUGCAAUAUUCCAGCGGCGAUAAAUCUGCUAUUAAUUGAUGAGGUUUGAGAGGGAUCUUAUUUCAAAAUGUAUAUCAUCUGGCGUUUGAAAUAAAAAAAGCCUUUCUCUGCUCAUCUUUCGAAAGAGCAAAUGAAAUAAGCUACUCUCAAAAAGAUUCACUUUUUCAUAAGAAUAAUUGAAAAGGCCAAAAAGUUGUGUGAGCUCUUGUUUUCAACUCAGUUCAAUUACUUAAUGUUGCUUGAGCUUCAAAAUUCGAAUUUUAGACGCUAAAAAAACGGCUCGACUAUCAAAUAUUCCGAGCGGUGGCCAACUUACUGGAAAUCACAAACCACGCUUCACAGUUCUACGUGUUCUGUGCCUGUUCUACAGACUACAGAACGACGUUCCUGCAGAAAUUCCCGUGUUUCAAGGCAUCUUACGCGAAUCGAGAUCGACUGCGUUCUUUUGUUCGCCGAACUCAAUCCGUCGUCCACAAAGACAAGGGUUGCAGCCUCGAUCAGAAUUCUGGCUCCAAGGUUAUUUUUCGAAGAUCAUAGAUCUAAAAAAAUCAAUUGCGCUAUUUGAAUAUUUAUUUGCUAUAAUAUAUUAUUUAUGCGCUAUAAUAUUUGAGAAAAAAACUUGUUGACUUUUUCGAGCGACAGUGGAGACCUCUGAAAAUAGUUUUUUUAUUUGUUACAAAAAAAUCUUUUUCAAGAAUUGCACCCUGGUUUAUUUUUUAGUAUCAAUUAAAUUGAAAAUUGAGAGUUUGGAAAAUAAUUUGACUAGAUUUUUUCCCCUUCUGAAAUUUAAAAAAAUUCAGGGAUAAUCAAAUUCGAUAGAUAAGAAGUCACUAGUUUGUUGCAUUAUUCGCAAAACCAAUUUGAAGCUUUUCAAGAUUUUCAUCAACUUUCUUGGAGAUGAUCAGAAACCGAGACACAUUCCAGACGCGGGACUCAAUAUCACAUCAGUCACUGUGCAAGAUCCCUCGGAGUUACGGCGUCGAACAGGACACGAUGGACGUGCAGUUGGCGUCAGGAGAGCAGAGCACGAGCGAAGCACGCGAAGCUGAGACGCUCAUAAAGUACGGCGCUUUGGCAAAACUAUCCAGUAACUCCAACGACACGACCUUCCUGUGA